UAUGAAUCUGGGGGAUAAAUAAUAGAAACUUCCUUUUUUUACAUGUCCAAGGGUUUUUAGGAAAAAAAAACCUUCAGAGAACCUUCAGAGAACAAUCCCUGAAGGUUCACCGAAGGUGCUCCAAAGGUUUUUAAAAAACCCUUUAGAGAAGUUUUAUAAUCAGAAUCACUGCCCUCUGAAUCGUAAAGGAAUCGUGAGGUUCCUGGAGAUUCCCAGCCCUAUUCAACUGCCAACCUUUCUGUGUUUAUGUGUACAGACUCGUCACAAACAGGUUUAUGACACUAUUAAACAUGAAUAGAGGUGGCCAGCGGGGAAGAAGGGGGUUUAAAAAGACAGCCCUCCAUUCUGUCAACAACAUUAUGUAAACAAUAUAAAGCCUAAUCUAUUUGAGGACACUCGACACUUUGAUGAGUGUGGAUAUAGAAAUGAUGCAUUUUGUCACUCGACACUGUCAAAUUGUGCACCUGGAGAUUUUUUUGCUGUGUCAUAUUUUUGUCCCAUUUUCCCCACGUCGCCGCCCUUGAAAAAGUGCUAUUUUGUAGGCUACUCCCCAGCCUAGCGGGCUGGAUUGUGCAAUAGAAAUUUGUUUGAUGCCCCGCAGCGCUACGGUUUUUGUGUUUCUGUGUGUUGGCGGCACUUGACUCACGUCAAUGACGCCGCCGGUGUGUUUUGGCCUUUACAGAUCAUUUACAAAUCAAAUGUUUUGGCAGCACCUUGGCAACAGGGUUCUACCAAUAUUGUUUUAAGACAGGAGUCUGAUACAGCUGCUGAUUAACAAUAUUUUCAGCUCAGUGUUUGAUAACUUUAGAUAUGAGCACAUAAGUAGGCUAUCCACAGUUUUUCAGAGAACUGUAUUAUGGUCAGGUGAAAAGCCUCUGAGGCAGCAUUUUAUAUGACGUUACGUGAUGACGUUCCUACAACUGAAGUCCACAAGACCAUAGGGUGGACAUUUGGCUACAGCUUCAGUGGACUCUGGAUGUGCCUGUAGUCGUUUCCUGACAGAAGUGGACAGACGCGGAGGACAGACAGAAGGUUUUGACAGCUGUAUGGGACAAAACAGGGUGGCAAAAUGACGACCCCUGUCGGUCUCAUCGUGGUGGGUGCUGGUUGUCGUGGGGAGUGCUUAACCCAGUUUGCAUGGAUCCACCCUGAACGAGUUAAGAUUGUUGGAGUAGCUGAUCCAAGGAAAUUUGCUCGCACUAAACUUCAACGAGAGCACAACAUUGUAGAUGAAAACAUAUUUGAAGACUGGCCCAGUGUCAUCGAAAGAGUGAAGUUUGCAGAUGCAGUGUUAAUUUGUACUCCAGACCUCCUUCAUAAGGAACCUGCAGUGGCCUUUGCAAAGAAAGGCUACCAUAUUCUGCUGGAGAAACCAAUGGCUACAACUGCUGAAGACUGCAAGGCGAUUGUGGAGGCUUGCACUCAGAGUGGAGUGAUACUAUCAGUGGGCCAUGUUCUCCGGUAUGAUCCUCUCAUCCACAUGAUUAAGGAGCUGAUAGAUGCUGGAGUCAUAGGUGACGUGAUGCACAUUCAGCACUUUGAGCCGGUUGGGUUUUAUCACUUUGCUCACUCAUAUGUUCGAGGGAACUGGAGGAAUGAAGCAGAGAGCUCGUUUUCUCUUUUGGCUAAAUCGUGCCACGACAUUGACCUAAUAAAUCACUGGGCUGGAGCACGCAGGUGUUUGAAAGUGUCAUCAUUUGGAUCUGUAAGCCACUUCGGAAAAAAACACAAGCCAACAGGUGCUGGAGAUCGCUGUCUGGAUUGUUCAAUAGAAAAAGACUGUCCCUACUCAGCACGCAAAAUCUACCUGGAUAGAGUAAAACAGGGUCACACUGGCUGGCCUGUAUCAGUCGUUUGCCAGAGCUCGGACCCAGACAUCGAGUCAGUAACUGAGGCCCUGAAGACUGGACCAUAUGGCUGCUGUGUCUACGAGUGUGACAAUGACGUCUGCAGUAACCAGGUUGUUAACAUGGAGUUUGAAGGGGGUCUGACAGCAGCCUUUUCCAUGGUGGCUUUCACUGAGGAGAUUUGCAACCGAAAAACAACCAUCUAUGGCAGCAAGGGGGAGCUGUCAUAUGACAGCCAUGAAAUACGUGUGUUUGACUUUUUGACCCAAAGAUCCACAACGCACACGCCACCCAGCGACGCCCCUGGGCACUUUGGCAUUCAUGGACAUGGUGGAGCAGACUACCAUUUUAUGGAUGCUUUUAUUUCUGCUGUGGCGAACAACGAUCCGUCCCUGAUCCGCUCAGGUCCUGAGGAGACACUGCAGAGCCAUUUGCUGGUGUUUGAAGCUGAGCGGUCGCGGCUGGAGAGCAGGGUGGUGUACUGUGGCGACAUUGGCCAGAGCUAGAAGACUGAAAAAAUGACUGUAAAAUGACUGUACUCGAAAAAUCAAACACUUAAACCAGUAAACUAGAUCAUGUAAUCAUCCGCAUAAUUUCUACUAAAAACCUGAAAAUUGAAAUUGUUUUUGAAUCAUUGUUUGCUCUAAAUGUCAUUCAACAAACACAAAAUUCUUUCCCAUCUGUGUCAGCGUGUAGAAUACAUCUCAGGAUAUUCAUGAAUGCUUCAAGUUUUGUUGCUUGUUUUUGCUGUCACUCUGAACAGCUUCUUGAAAUACAGUAGUAAGUAAAAAACACUACUGAGCUAUGGAGACAAUACUUAAAAUAUUGAAAAUAAAUGUAUUGAAUUUAUAGGUACCACUAGCUGUGAAGAAAUGCACUCUAAUAUACAAUAAACAUAAACAUGCCAUUAGCUCUCACACUGUUAUUUCCUGUUGAGAGACUACUACAUUGAAGCUUUACAUCAUAUUACAUUAAUCUUAACAUCAUGUAAAAAUCAUACAGUAUAAUGUAUCUUUCAGAAAACUGAAAUGCUCAGCACUGACUUGUUUCUGGUGGCUCAGUGUGCAGCUGCUCAUGGCAGCUCUAAGGAGCAGCAUUGACUGUAAACAUCAGGUCAGUCUGUCCUGUUUUUGCUCUGAAUCUGAAGAAUAAAUAAUAGAAAACCUCUUUUCUGUCAUGUCUGCUAGGGCAUAUAAUAAACCUGAUAAAAUAAGCUACUGGAUAAGAGC